AUGGGGGAUAAGUCUCUUGGGUUGCGUUUCCAUCAGGUUGAGAAUGGUGACACUACUGAUUUUGGGAUAAAUAGUGAUUGGGUACUUUAUUUUCGCAAUCGAAUUUGUGUACCGAAUGAUGAGGAUUUAAGACAGUCGAUUCUGAGGAAAGCGCAUAGUAGUCCCUAUGCUAUGCAUCCCGACAGGAAUAAGAUGUACCGAGAUCUCCGUGAGUUGUACUGGUGCCCAGGGUUGAAGCUUGAGGUUACUGAAUUCGUUGCUCGCUGUUUCACUUGUCAGCAUAAGUUGUCGAAACUCUACAUUUUUGAGAUAGUAAGACUGUAUGGGGUACCAGCUUUAGUUAUCUCCGAUAAAGAUCCUCGUUUCAUGUCUCAGUUCUGGAGAAAGCUAUAUGAGGCUUUGGGUUCAAGGCUGGAUUUCAGUAGUUGGGAGGAGUACUUACUGUUAGCCGAGUUCGUGUAUAAUAACAACUUCCAGUCUAGCAUCCAAAUGACACCUUACGAGGCAUUGGAUCGACUGAAGGCAACUUCUGACAGACAAAAUUCUUAUGCUGAUCUGAAGAGACGUGAGAUUGAGUAUUUUGUGGGGGACUUCGUGUUUCUGAAAGUUUUGCCAUGGAAGAAGUUGGAGCUACCUUUUGAGUUGGAUUGCAUACAUGAUGUAUUCCAUGUUUCGAUGUUAAGACGCUACAGCUCUGAUCCCAUGCAUAUUGUUCCGGUUGAGGAGAUUGAGGUUAGGCUAGAUUUGACCUUCGAGGAGGAGCCGAUUCAGAUUUUAGAUAGUGACAUUUAG